UUACACUUCGGAAAUUGGCCCGUCAUCCACGUUAGUUUCAAGGCAAGAUCUUGAUUAUGAGUCCUGGGAUUCAAUGCUGAAUUCCAUUAAGCGAAGAAUUUCAAAUCUUUACAUGGAACAUCGUUAUAUUCUUGAUAAUAAGAAGCUUUAUACAAAUGAUAAAUCCUAUUUUGAAAAUAUACUCAAUGAAAUAAUUGACGGGUCACGUUUAAUGGACGCUCUCUCCAGUCUAACACGCUAUCUUUAUGAAUAUUUUGGUAGAAAUAUCAUUAUUCUCAUUGAUGAAUAUGACUGGCCAAUGGAACAUGCAAGAAAUUUUUAUGAUAGAGCUAACACGUUUUUUAGAUCAAUGUAUUCGAGCGUAGCAAAGGACAAUGCAUUAGUGUAUAAGAUCUUGUUUGUUGGGAUCCUUCCCCUAGACCAAGCAAGCUUCCUUUCUGGGCUAAACAACGUCAUGCAUUAUCCAAUGCAUAGAUUACCUGGUAUAAAUGGCCGUGCCAAUUUUUCGGACAUGUUUGGAUUCACGCAAAAAGAAGUCGAAAUCCUGUUAAGUAAAAGUACUCAAAACAUCGAGAUCGAUACAUUAAGCGCCUACUACAACGGAUAUCAAACUAGUACCGGUGUGUGUAUCUACAACCCUCACUCGAUAAUGUCGUCUCUAGAUACGGGUAAUAUCGAGGAUUACUGG